GGGUCUGCCCCCGCGGAGGAGGGGCGCUUUCCGGGGCGGGGAGGGUCCGGCUCGCGUCUCGGGCUCCGGCGGGGCGCGGCGCCGGGACAGUGGCGCGCCGGACAGUGGCCCUCACGGGGACGUUUUCCUUCGAGGCCGGUCACAGGCGGCGCCACCAUGGCUCUCAGCGCGGCCGACGGAGGCUCCGGCACCGAGGAUCUGGAAUCCCUUGACACCUAUAUCCAGAAUGCACUGUCUGCCCUCUACCCACCUUUUGAGGCCACGGCAGCCACGGUGCUCUGGCAGCUGUUCAGUGUGGUGGAGAGACUCCAUGGUGGGGAUGGGCUGCGCUACCUCACUGACUUCCUCAUCCCAGCCAAGAGGGCCCUGCAGCACCUGCAGCAGGAAGCCUGUGCCAGGUACACAGGCCUCAUCUUCUUCCAUGAAGGUUGGCCACUGUGCAUCGAUGAGAAGGUGGUGGUGCAGUUGGCGUCCCUCCGUGGAGUCCGGCUCAGGCCUGGGGACUUCUACCUGCAGGUCACAUCAGUGGGGAAGCAGUCAGCCAGACUGGUUUUAAAAUGCCUCUCCCAGAGUGGACGAGGCUCAGAAGAAGUCACUGUCCCUGAGGCCAUGUACAGCUGCGUCUUCACGGGAGAGUUUCUGGAAUGGCUGAACGGGGAGCGGAACAGUGUCCCCUUGCAAAACUGCUUGCUGACCUCAGGCUCUGCGGUCUUCCGCAUCCCAUGGAGCAGUGUCACAGACCCCAUCUUUGUACCGACAUUCAGAACUGUCCUGCCCCACUGCAGCUGUCCUGGGCCUGAGCAGCCACCCCCCAGAAGCACCUCCAAAGCUCUGACCCCAGCACCAGCUGUGGCCAACACCCGUCCCCAGGAGACCACCCCUUCCAGCAACACCCCAACCCUGCCCCACUGCCCUAGGCAUCCUGGCAGUGACCAGCCUAGCCACCCACCUUCCCCAGGAAGAGCUGGGUGGGAAGGCCCUAGGAGCCCCUUUGGGAGCUCCGACGGAGGCCUUGUAGGGGUUGGGCCCUCAGAGCUGGGCCCACGGGAAGGACCAAGAGGGAGCCUGGAUGCCACAGACAAAAGGGACAGCCCCCAGGCCCUCACUGUCUGUGAGGACAUGGGCAGUCCAAGCUCCAGAAGGCGGUUGCCCAGGGACUCAGCCAGCAUGGAGGCCAGACGUUGGUUCAGGAAGUCCUACAUGGAGGCCCUGCGGAACCCCAUGCCCCUGGGCUCCAGUUCCGAAGAGUCUCUUGGGGAUGAGGCCUGCAGCUCCCAGACCACGGCGGCCAGGGCAGCAGCCAGCCGAACCCAGAAGGAAAGGCCCAGCCCCUGGGUAGGCUCCGUAGAGAUCCCAAGUCAGGAAAGACGUCCGGGAGCCACAAGGAGCGCUCUUCCCCAGAGGUCUCGGUCCUGGGACAGGUCCCUCAGGAGCUGGCAAGGUGACACCCGGCAGGCCUCCCACCACUCAGUCAGCACCAGUCUGGGAGGCCUCUUAGGAGGACAAGCUGAGGGGACCAGAAGUGCAGCCUCCAGCUGCGCCCCCUGCACCACAGCGGAGAGUCCAGCUGGUGUAGACACAGACAGCAGCACCUUCCGAAGGCAUGAUCCAGGCCAGAUUCCAGAUGUGCUUGCUGAGCCACUGUGCCCCGAGGGAGGAGGACAGCCACCCAGCACAGGAGACAUGCCCAAUCAGAUGCCCAGGCAGGUGCUGGAGGUCAGCCAGGAGCUCCUGCAGUCCGGGGUCAUCACCCUCCCAGGGACCCGAGACCACCAGGGAAGAGCAGUGGUGCAGGUCUGCACGAGGGGCCCGCUCUGGUCCAGCAAACAUACCUCCAGCAUCGAGCUGACCCAACUGUUGCAGUACCUCUACGGCAUUCCCAGGAAAGAGGUGCGGGAGCUGGGGCUGGUCAUCCUGGUGGAUGCUCGCAAGGGUCCAGCUGCCCCUGCUCUCUUCCAGGCUCUGGCAGCACUGCAGAACACAUCUCCUCCCAUAAUUCAUAGUAUUGUGUUGUUGGUGAAUAAAGAAUCAGGAUUUAGGCCUGACAAGGAUAGAACAAUUCAGUGUGAGGUGGUCGGCUCCCUGAAGGCCUUGCACAAUCUUGUUGACAGCUCGCAGCUGACCACAGACCUCGAUGGCUCCUUUCCUUACAGCCACAGUGACUGGAUCUGCUUCCGUAGGAAGCUGGAGCCCUUCACCACAAAUUGCGAGAAUGCCAUUGUUGUCCUACAAAAUUCACUCCACUCCCUGAAUACCCACAGGACUCUAAGCACGGUACAGGAGGUCACAGACUUAAUCAGCAAGCAUAAAGCAACGAUGAAUUGUGUGCUGGAAGACGCCCUGCUGGUCGCCCUCCGGCUAGAGGGUGGUGCCGUGCUGGCGCAGCUGAGGAGGGAGCAGCUUGGCACCAGCCAAGACUGCCGGGAUGCCAUUGAGGUCGCCUCCAGACUGUACAACCAAGUGGACGAAGAGGUCCAUCGGCUUGUCCUCGCCUCCAACAGGUGUCUGCAGGAGCUGGAGAGGCUACGGGAAGGGAGGACGCUCCAGGAGGGACAAGGCCAAGUGGAUGGAUGGAUGCGGCAGUGCAGUGAGUGCCUGGAGUACCUGGGCCCGGAGCCAGUCACUGAGUAUCUGGAGACCUGUCACCGGAAGGCCACAGAGCUGACUGCGCAGGGCUUCCCGGGAGCCAGCGUGGUGGCGGCAGGCCUGGGCAGCCAGCGGCCACCGCAUCAGAGGCACACCUUAGGGCUGCAGAGCCCACAGACCCGCCUCUGCUUCCAAGAGGCCCUGUCUGGGGUUAGCCCAGACCCUGGCACCCCACCUCUGGACCAGAGAGCCCUGAAGCAUGAGCUUGCCCAGUCGGCCAAGAGGAGGCACCAUGAGCCAUCCUGGACCCCCCCCACUGACCCAGAGGGCUGCACUGAGGAGCGGGCCCAACUGCUGCCUGGCCUCCCUGGACAAGCCUCUCUGAGCAGGCAGGAGGGUGAGCCCCUGGCCCCGGCUGUGCCUUCCCCACAUGACAGCCCCACCUGCUCCUCCACGCCCAUCCAGACACCCACCACCCACCCCAGGAAACAUCCCCUGAAGAAAAUUAUGAGGAAAACACGAAGCUUUGAGAUUGCACGGCUUGACAGUGGCCCCAGGGAUGCCCCCUGGCCAGGCCACACCGGGGUCUUCAUCAGGGGCCUAGAGGUGACCAGCACCGUGGCCUCCGAGAAGCAGCCCCCACCACAGCCACAUGCUGAGAGCGCCCUGGUCACUCGGAACCGGAGUCUGUCCUCUCCCUCCAGGACCCACCCCUCUGAGGAGGACAGGAGGAGACAAGCAGGAAGCAGCCGACUGCAGCACAUAAUGGCCGAGAUGGUUUCCACGGAGAGGGAGUAUGUUAGGUCCUUAGGGUAUGUCAUCGACAACUACUUUCCAGAAAUGGAAAGAACGGACCUGCCCCAAGACCUUCGAGGGAAGCGCAGCAUUGUUUUUGGGAACCUGGAGAAGCUCUACGACUUCCACCACCAGCAUUUCCUUGUAGAGCUGGAGCACUGCCAGCACGGUCCCUUGGCGGCGGGCCGCGGGUUCCUGAGACACGAGGAACAGUUUGGCAUGUAUGCACUCUACAGCAAGAACAAGCCCCAGUCGGACGCCCUGCUCUGCAGCCACGGCAACGCCUUCUUCAAGGACAAGCAGCGGGAGCUGGGCGACAAGAUGGACUUGGCCUCCUACUUGCUGAAGCCCGUACAGCGCAUGGGCAAGUAUGCGCUGCUGCUGCAGGACCUGGUCAGGGAGGCUAGCAGCUGCCCCGCCUGGGAGCAGGAGCUGGGUGAGCUUCGGGCUGCCCAAGACGUGGUCCGCUUCCAGCUGCGUCACGGCAAUGACCUGCUGGCAAUGGAUGCCGUCCGAGGCUGUGACGUGGAUCUGAAGGAGCAGGGGCAGUUGAGAUGCCAGGACGAGUUUAUCGUGUGCUGUGGAAGGAAAAAGUACUUGAGGCACGUGUUCCUCUUUGAAGACCUCAUCCUGUUUAGCAAGACCAGGAAGGUGGAUGGGGGCUAUGACAUCUACACGUACAAACAGUCCUUCAAGACAGCAGAGAUUGGGAUGACGGAGAACGUCGGAGACAGCGGCUUGAGGUUUGAGAUCUGGUUCCGCAGGCGGCAGAAGUCCCAGGACACCUACAUUCUCCAGGCCAGCUCUGCAGAGGUCAAGACGGCCUGGACCCACAUGAUAGGGCAGAUCCUGUGGCGGCAGGCUCUGCGGAACAGAGAACUCAGAAUGCAAGAAAUGGUGUCAAUGGGGAUAGGCAACAAACCGUUCAUGGACAUCCAGCCCAGCAAGGCAGCCAUAAGUGACCGGACUGUCAAGAAGGGAGCAGAGUCAUGGACCCGAGCACCGAGGGUUGUGCCCCUCUGUGACCACGCCGCCACCUUUAAGAGGCCACACUCCACCAUCUCUGACAGCAGUACCUCCUCCUCUGGCAGCCAGUCGUCCUCCGCCCUGGGGCCACUGAGCCUGCAAGCAUCUGCCAGCCCAGCCCUGCUGAGCUCCGCCUCCUGCCCCAGACCUUACAACACGCGCACCUGCCUCGAGGAGGAGGCUGAGUUGGAGCAGGAGACGGGGAGCCAGCCUUCCAUGCGUGAGUGUGCCUAGCAGCACACGCUCCAGCCUCCAACAGCUGGGUCCAGGGGUGGGCGGCAGUUCACCUGGUCAUUUAACUUGCUUGCUCUUACAUACUUCCAAAAGUCUUCAAACACAUUAUAAUUUUUCUUUAACUAAAAAAACAACAAAAACUUUCACUUCCACCUAAAACGAGGUAACGGAGAAUAGAUUUAAAACAACCAAGCAAACGAAAACCAGAUAAAACAAAACAUGAACAAAGUAUAUGAAACAAGAUUUUAAGACAUAGGACAUCUGGCACCAAAGGUAGUGACCUGAGAGACAGGACUGUGAUGUGAGCCCUGUAAUUGCUCUGAUUUCUUCCUUGAAAGCCCCCGGGUGCAGUACGGAGAGCCUGCAGACCCUCAGUGAAGGACAGGCCGGGGGAGCCCCGCCCGGUGACAGGCCUCCAAGGUCUCUGGGUCCAGCAGAAUGCUGGUCAGCACUGCACCAAGGUCUGGGUCCAGCAAAAUGCUGGUCAGCACCGCACCUGAGGAGGCUGUCCAGGCCAGAACAUGUGGAGGACUAGAGAGUACCCCCCCACACACACACACACCUGUUCCCAGUAGCAGACGGGCAACAGCCCCAUCCCCAGGGUGGUGGUAAGUCCUCAGGAGGGCUUGCUCAGGAGGGGUGUUGGACUGAACAUUCCUGCUGACCUGCCACCAUGUCAUAAAUACAGGGUGUUUGCAGGUAAUCUAACUGCAUCCCAGAGCAAAGCCUAAGGAGAUUUAUAGGAUUACAAAAAUAUCCAGUAGCCCACAGGGUAGAUACACACUGGCUGGUGCUAGGCAUGCAAGGAAGUAGGAAACGGACCAUAACAAGAGCAGUAAUCAGGCAAAACCAGCUGGAACUGAUGUGGUUGUUAGAAUUACCAGUCCUGGCAUUCACACUAUCAUUCUCUGUCCCUGAUGUCCAAAAUGUUCAGUCUCAACAGGGAAGAUAAGACGGACUAAGCACAAUAAAAGGCCACAAUACUUAAGGUGAACGUGUCACUGGGUAGGGUUAACAUAAAGCAUGACUUAGUGGAGAUGUAUCGAUAGAAAUUGUCCAAAGUGACACACCGAGAAUCAAGGAAGAAGAUCGGUGAGCCGUGGGACAACUCCGACAACUUCAUAAACACAUAAUAGACCCCAAAAUGGAGGGACAACAAAACUUUGAAGGAACAGUGGCUGAAUAUUUCCCUGAUUUGGUGAAGGGUGUAAACCUACAGGCCCAAAGGCCAAUGAGCCCCAAGCACACAUGAAUGCACAUCACAAACUGGAAACCUGGUGAUGAACAGAAAGAACAUCUUGAAAGCAUCCAGAGAGAGUCG